GCUAGUACAAAUUAACGUCAGCCACAAGUAGGAAGUGUAUUUGUUAUACAAGUCUCUUAGAGAAACAUGAGCUUUUACUCACUAUGUGGUUCUGUAACUCUCCUUGGGUUUUUCCUCUGUAUAUCAGAGGUAGAGAGCAUGAGGACACUGAAAAAUGUAGCUGUAAAAAGAGGAGGAUCUGUCACUAUUCCAUGUCUUUAUGAAGAACAGUACAAAGCAAACAAGAAAUUCUGGUGCAAAGGGUACCAUUGGUCUACCUGCAGUAUCGUAGCCUAUGCAAACUCAAGUGGAAAUCCAUCAGUCAUUGAUCAUCCAGAGCAGAAUUUGUUGACGGUGGAACUGAAUGUCUCUGAGUCUGGAACGGGUUGGUGUGCUGUAGAAAUUGGGGAUAAAUGGCAGCCAGAUGACCGUGAUUAUUUGUACCUGACGCUUAGUCAAGAUCUGUCAGUGAGGGAGAGCAGAGUGAGAGGUGAGGAAGGAGGCAGCGUCACAGUCCAGUGUCUCUACAGUGCUGCGUAUCAGAAUAAACAGAAGCAGUUGUGCAGAUUUAAAGAUGGACAAUGCAAAACAGUAAGGACUGAAACAUCCCAGAAUUCAGCAGUGUACAUCAGUGAUGAUGGGAGAAGAUCCUUCAGUGUGAAGAUGAGCAGACUGAAGAAGAGUGAUGCUGGAUGGUACUGGUGCAGUGCAGGAGAUCUGCAGGUUCCUGUUCACAUCAGUGUCAGUGAUCCACCUCCAGUCACUACAUCAAAUACUACAACAGUGACUACAACAGUGACUACAACAGUGACUACAACCGCUCAUCAAGACAACACAUUCACAUCUGACUCAAAGCACAAUUCAGUGUUUGUGAAUUCAGUUUCCAGCCGUAAUGAAACCACUAGUUUGGUUUGGACCCUGAACCAUUGGUACCUGGUGGCCCUUCUUCUGCCACUGGUGAUACUGGUCAUCAUCAUCUGUAUGCUCAGAAAGAAAUGUGAGUUAAAGAAUCAAACCAGGAUCAGAGAGAGGAGCAAUGACACCACUGUUCCCACACCAAACACUGAUGAAGACUCCAUUGUAUACAGCACAGUUGCUGUUUCUAAGCCAAAGGCUAAGAAUAAGCCCACUUGUACUGCUGAAGACUCGAUUAUAUACAGCACUGUGGCUACAAAGGUUUCUCCAAAUGAUGUCACUAAUGAGACCCUCUACAGCAAUGUUUACCAGAGGAUGACUUACUGUCCACUGGCUGUGGGGCCUCAGGGAUCUCUACUGGGUCGUGUGUCCAUCCUCAACAUCCUUACAGAUAAAAUCCCAUGGCUGUUAACAGCUUUCAUCACUGAGGUAGAGAGCAUGAGGACACUGAAACAUGUAGCUGUAAAAAGAGGAGGAUCUGUCACUAUUCCAUGUCUUUAUGAUGAGAAGUACAAAGCGAACAAUAAAUUCUGGUGCAAAGGGUACCAUUGGUCUACCUGCAGUAUCGUAGCCUAUGCAAACUCAAGUGGAAAUCCAUCAGUCAUUGAUCUUCCAGAGCAGAAUUUGUUCACAGUGGAACUGAACUCUGUCUCUGAGUCUGGAACGGGUUGGUGUGCUGCAGAAAUUGGGGAUAAAUGGCAGCCGGAUGACCGUGAUUAUUUGUACCUGACGCUUAGUCAAGAUCCUGAUCUGUCAAUGAGCGAGAGCAGAGUGAGAGGUGAGGAAGGAGGCAGCGUCACAGUCCAGUGUCUCUACAGUGCUGCGUAUCAGAAUACACAGAAGCAGUGGUGCAGAUUUAAAGACGAACAAUGCAACACAGUGAGGACUGAAACAUCACAGAAUUCAGCAGUGUACAUCAGUGAUGAUGGGAGAGGAAUCGUCAGUGUGAGGAUGAGCAGACUGCAGAAGAGUGAUGCUGGAUGGUACUGGUGCAGUGCAGGAGAUCUACAGGUUCCUGUACACAUCAGUGUCGGUAGUGAAACUUCAGGUCUGCCUGAAAAACACACAAAAAACAAUCCAUAUCAUUUUGACACUUUACUGACUCUUGGCAUCAUCUCUGGACUCUUGUUGCUGCUCGUGGUGGUUGGUUUGGGCAUCUGGAAGCUUAAACAGAAACGCACUGAACUUUUAGCUGCAAACAAAGGAUAUAGUCACAGUCCGAUAAAUGCUGAUGUGGUUUGUGAUACGGUUUUGUCACAGGGCCAUCCAAAUGAGAAUCCCAAACGAUAUGAGGAUGAAGUGACAUAUAGUACUGUGACACAUGGACAACACAAGGCAUCAUCGACUUCUGAGCCUGAAGUCUCCUACAGCUCAGUCAGAAAAUCUCAGCAGGCAACGGUCUCUGUAGUCCCCUCUAACAACAGUGUCAUCUACAGCGCAGUAAAACAUCAGCAAUGAGAAGCUACUGAAAGAACACCAGCAUUGCAAGUGCUUGUACACACCGGUGAUAUUACCCACCAUUUUUGUGUUACUGCGUCCAGAAUCUGGGGUCAUUUACUGUGAAACAACAUAAAAGCUGAUGGAUUUUA